AUGGCUCAUCCAGCGCUCGCCCCGCAGCUCGCGCCGCAGCUCGCCGCGCAGGCCGCCGCGCAGGCCGCGCAGGCCACGCAGCAAGUCGCCGAGCUCGAGGACGGGCUCGAAGCCCUCGUCGUCGACGAGCAGCCGAACGAGGCGGCCGUCCUCGCGCGCGAGGGGCCGGUCCAGGAGGCGGCCGAGGUCGAGCCGGCCGAGGAGGCGCUCGGUGUCGCGAAUGAGGCGGCGGCGGCGGUGGCGGUCCGCGAGGCGGCGGUCGCGUUGCGCGAGGAGGCGGUCGCGCGGCGCGAGGAGGCCUUGGCGGCGGGUGUGAAGGACCUGGAGACGCAUCUGAAGGGACAGGCGGCGGAGCUGAGGGACAUCGCGGCGGCUCUGGGGGACAUGGCGGGGCGCAAGAGGGCGACGAGGGCGCGCGAGGGCAUGCCCUGA